AUGCCCCACACCGAAGCUCAAGAAAUUAUAAAAUUUUGGCAUAAAGUUUUAUAUAAAUUAGGAAUAGUUAAAUGUCCUGAACCUUUUCAAAAAUUACUUUGUCAAGGAAUGAUUUUAGGACCAGAUGGCGAAAAAAUGUCGAAAUCGCGGGGGAACAUUAUUAAUCCUGAGGAACUACUAGAAAAAUACGGAGCUGACGCACUAAGGCUUUAUGAAGUAUUUAUAGGACCCUCAGAACAAACCACUAGUUUUGGUUCGCAUGGAGUUCGAAAUGAAGAAAUAGAAAAGGCUCAUGCUGAAGUGGUUAUCAAAGUAAGUGCCUACUAUGAAAAAGUUAAAUUAAAUUUGGUGGUUUCUUCGCUCAUGGAAUUUAUUAAUAAAUGCUAUCAAGCCAAAAAAAAAGUUAUGUCAUUAGAACACUUCUUAGACUUUCUUAAAUUGUUAAACCCCCUGGCACCUCAUAUUACCGAGGAAAUGUGA